CGGGCAGGGGAUCAUGUCCUGAUCUCACCACCGCGUAGGCAUUGUACUCCCUUCACUGUCAUUUUACUAUCUAUCUUUCCCUUGCCAGAAUUUCAUGAGGCCUUCCCAAGCAGAGCUGGAGAAUACUAAGGGAGCAGAGUAUGGGGAGUUUAUAGCCAAAUAGCAAGAUAAGGGGGGGAUCCAGAUAUGAGGAAUCAUCAGGGAUCCAUAAAUAUGCUGGGGAUAUAGAAAAAAAAAUCUCAUUAAUCUUGUUUUAAUAGCAGCUCUCAAGGUGGAGUCAGCAAUUGCAGGCAGCUGCCUCUGUGCAAUCUCCAGGAAGAAGAGUUGGGAAUAUUGAACUGUCACAGCCCCUGCUGAACGGGCUUGUAAUUAAUUAUGUUAUUCUUAUAAUCCCCUUUUAAACAAAUCAUUCUGAAAAUAGUCUAUGUUUUCUCCAGGAAAGUUGUUUCAGGUUUUCCCUGAUUUCUUCCAUUUAUUUCCAGCUAUAAAAAAAAUUACCAGGUAGCUCUGCACAAGGAUGCUCUGUGAUUGUAAAAGGAAUGACCUGAGCCCUUGCCUUGGGAGGAGACAGAUUAUUGUUUAGGAUUAAUCUCUGUAAGUAAUGAAAAUGUUUCAGAAUUACUGUUUGGGAGACCAUUCAUUAAUCCCAUCAGGUAAUGAUCAUCUCGCAAUUAGCCUAUGUCCUGCCCAAGCCAGGAUACCACUGAAUAAGGGGAGACAGCUUUUAAGACAGACCAAAGUCAUGACUUUUGGGCAUGAGUUGGUAACAGAAAACUAAAAAGUUUAAGGCAUUUGGAAUUUUGCAGGGUUGAGCUCACAUGCUGAUCUGGAUUCAAAUUUCCCAGAAAUUCAGCCCUUUGGGGAAGCCUGCAACAUCACCUGCCCCAUGGGCCGCGUCAACGCCGACUGCGACGCCUGCAUGUGCGAGGAUGCAACCCUGCACGGGAAGGUCUCUCUCGAGGAUGGGUCACCCGCUGCCGAUGCCCGGGUCUACCUGCAAGCCAAGAAUCUCAAGCUGUUGACAACAGCUGAUAACAGGGGCAUGUUUAGGAUCCCAGGGGUUUGUCCCGAUGGCAAAAACACUCUUAAAAUAAAGAAAGCCAAAUAUGCAACAGCGACUGUCACUGUGCCUGAGAGCAACAGAAGAAACCUGGCGAUCCAAGUGCAGCUGCAACGAUCAGGCAAACCCUACAUUUUCAGGAGCCCUGAGGACAAAGCCAGGAGAGUGGGACAGAGUGUGUCAUUCUGCUGUGAUGCCCUUGGGAGCCCAGCCCCUGACCGAUACCUAUGGUACCACAAUGGCUCAUUGCUGGAUCCUUCCUUAUACAAAUAUAAAAACAACCUGAUUCUGAAGAACCUGAAGAGAGACCAGUCUGGAGAGUAUUUCUGCAAGGCCAGCAGUGCUGGGGGGUCAGCAAAGUCCCAGUCAGCCAAGCUUGCUGUCAUAGGAAGACAAGAGGCAGCCUGCAACUCCCAACCCCAAAGCCACCUCAUCCGACUUCCUCACGACUGCUUCCAAAAAGAGACGAACUCCUUCUACUACGACGUGGGCAAGUGCCCAGCAAAGACCUGCACUGGGAAGCUGGAUAAGGGACUCCGGUGUAGGGACAACGUUGCCUACUGCUGCGGGGUGUCCAAGAUGGAAACCAGAGACAUCUCCUGCAAUGGCUACAUGCUCCCCACUAAAGUUGUUGUAGAAUGUGGCUGCAAAAAGUGCACCGAGACCAAAAUAACGGUUCGAGGCAGAGCCACAGCAGCAGAUAAUGGUGAGCCACUGAGGUUUGGCCACAUCUACAUGGGGAACAAGAGAGUGAGUAUGACUGGCUACAAGGGAACCUUCUCCAUCCAUGUGCCAGCAGACACAGAAAGACUAGUUCUAACUUUCGUCGAUCGGCUGCAGAAGUUUGUGAACACAACAAAAGUUCUGCCCUUCAAGGAAAAUGGAGGUGCUGUGUUUCAUGAGAUCAAGCUACUAAGAAAGAAAGCCCCUGUUACACUGGAAUCCACUGAAACCAAUGUGAUUUCUUUGGGAGAAAUGGAAGAAGAUGAUCCAAUUGCUGAAUUAGAAAUUCCUCCCAAUGCAUUUUAUAGGAAAAAUGGAGAAUCCUACAGAGGCAAAGUGAAAGCCAGCGUGACAUUUCUGGACCCAAGAAACAUCUCAACGGCCGCUGUGACACAAAGUGACCUGAACUUUGUAGAUGAGGAAGGAGAUGUGUUUCCACUCCGCACAUAUGGCAUGUUUUCUGUGGACUUCACUGACGAACAGGGCACCGAGUCUCUUAAUGCAGAAGAGGUGAAGGUUCAUUUGGAUGCUGCUCAGGUCAAGAUGCCAGAGCACCUGCAAGAGAUGAAGCUUUGGUCCCUGAACCCAGAGACAGGAUUAUGGGAGGAAGAAGGGGACUUCAACCUUGAGAAAAAUAGACGGCGCAAAAGGGAGGAGAGAACUUUUUUGGUUGGGAACAUGGAGAUCAAAGAAAGGCGGCUUUUUAACCUGGACGUCCCAGAGAGCAGACGGUGCUAUGUCAAAGUCCGAGCCUACAGAAGCGAGAGAUUUCUGCCAAGUGAGCAGAUCCAAGGGGUUGUGAUUUCCAUUAUAAACAUGGAGCCACAACCAGGCUUCUCCUCAAACCCCAGAGCAUGGGGCCGUUUCGACAGUGUGGUCACAGGUCCUAACGGCGCCUGUGUGCCUGCUUUCUGUGACGAGCAAAACCCUGAGGCCUAUGCAGCUUAUAUUCUGGCAAGCAUGGGGGGUGAAGAGCUCGAAGCUGUCCCCUCUGCUCCAAAACUCAACCCUAAUGCUAUUGGGGUUCCACAGCCGUAUCUCAACAGGCUCAACUACAGGAGAACAGACCAUGAGGACUCCAACACUAAGAAAACAGCAUUCAGCAUUAACAUGGCCAAGCCAAGCCCCAAUUCUCCAGAAGACAACAAUGGCCCUAUUUAUGCCUACGAAAACCUAAGAGAAUGCGAGGAAGCUCCAUACAGCGCUGCUCACUUCAGGUUUUACAGGAUAGAGGGAGACCGGUACGACUACAACACCGUUCCUUUCAGCGAAGAUGACCUCAUGAGCUGGACUGAUGACUACUUGGCAUGGUGGCCCAAGCCCAUGGAAUUCAGGGCCUGCUACAUUAAAGUGAAAAUAAACGGACCGCAAGAGGUGAAUGUAAGAUCUCGUAACAUGGGUGGGACGCACCCACGUACCAUCGGCAAGCUCUACGGCAUCAGGGAUGUCCGCAGCAUUCGUGACUCUGAGCAGCCGAAUGUGUCAGCAGCCUGCCUGGAGUUCAAGUGCAGUGGCAUGCUCUUUGAUCAAGACCGCGUGGACCGCACGCUGGUGAAAGUGGUCCCACAAGGCAGCUGUCGCCGAGAGAGCGUCAACAGCAUGCUCCACGAGUACCUGGUCAACCACCUCCCCAUGGCUACAAACAAUGACUCCAGCGAGUACACGAUGCUGGCUCCUCUUGACCCGCUGGGACACAACUACGGCAUUUACACCGUCACUGACCAAGACCCGAGGAUCGCCAAGGAAAUUGCCCUGGGCAGGUGCUUUGACGGCACGUCUGAUGGCACCUCCAGAACCAUGAAGAGCAACAUUGGUGUCGGGUUGACUUUCACCUGUUCAGAGAAGAGCACAGCAGAGCAAAGCAUCUUCCAGUCUCAGAGGAACUCAGGCCAGCAGUCCAUACUGGUUCUGCCAGGGGAGAGCCCCGCGUACCGAAGGCAGCCGACAAGCCGCCGAACCACCCAAGGCAGGAUCCCAGUGCGAAGUCAACGUUCUCCCACCUACUAGAGCUUUAUAGAAGCCUCAGUAAAGUUGCUCACAAUCGAUUAAAUAUAAUUUGAAAGUAACAUCUACCUGUUAAUAACCUAAUUCAAAGCUGGUAGGUGUCAUUAUUUUUGAGAAUUAAGGUGCACUUUUUUUUUGGCACCAGAAAGGAAAGACAUAAGGCAAAACUUGUGGGACAGUAGCGGUAGUGAGUUUGUGUCUUAUUAAAUGCAUCCAUAGAAAUCUUCUUUCUGCCUGACAUUAAACAGCUUCACAUGAUAGCCUAAAGGGAAGACUAAACACACGAUUCAAUUAAGUCAUGUACAUAAAACAUUCUGUUCUGCAUCUGCAGACUUUGCCAGCCCAAGUACCUGUACAGUAGUUGGUAACAUGAAAAGGAAUAAACUGAUUUCCUCAUACUGAAUUCAACUGCAAGGUUUUGUACUUGAAAUGUAAGUAUUUUAUUUAUUUCUAGCCUCUUUUAGAAAGACUAUUCAAGCUAAACUACCGGCAGCUGCAUUUCUAAGAACUCACAUGCUUGAUAGCACAGAGAAGCCAUGUGGAUUUGUAGGCUCCACAUGGAUAAAACUACAGUUUUCUCUUGCUUCUUGCAUUAUUUGACAAGAAAAUCCAUGCUCUAUGAUAGGCUAGGUUAAUAAAAAAAGUCAUUUUGUAACUUUGACAAUGCUGUGUUGCUUUUGUGUUUGAAAUGUCCAAGUCAAUAAAGCACAUGUAGAGCUGACCAAAGAAUAACCUGCAAAAUUUCACAUUUCUGUUCACAAACAGGUCACAACUUUAUCAGUGUGAGACUGAUCCUGGGUAUGUGCAAGGGGUUUGGUGGGUAGCUGGUGUUUCCCCAGGGCUUAGCCAUGGUGUGCUGUGGUCAGGGAAUCUGGCCCCAGCUUGAGAUGCGGAGAAUCUGCAGCAGCACUGGGAGAAAUGAGAGCAGCAGGUCUGGGCGAGGGAUGAAGCAAGGAGGCAGUAGCAGGGCUCCCAGCGCGGGACAAGGUCGGGGGAGAAGGGGGACGGGAACCUGUGCUUUAGGGGUGGCAGGAAACCGGGUGCUGUAGAGCCAGGCUGGGAGGUGCAGAGACAGGGAGAAGACAGACUUCCCUCCACAUUCAGCAGCAGCGAGCAGGACACUGCUGAGCAAAAGCUGCUCUUAGCUGAAGGUACAGAUUGCCAUAGAAGGGGUCAGACAGACAGUGAUCCAUCUCCAAGUGACAUAUUAAGUUGCCCUAUCAAACCCUUACUACUUCUAGAGCAGAAUCAAGUACAUCACCAGCACAAAAGACAUCCUGGGUUUACACCCA